CACCCUCAAUAUCCAAAGGAGUCGGUGGUGUAUAUACUGAAUUGUGGCUCCUACGGUGCCCCGUUCAAACUUACUUGCACGAAACAUGGUUACACGGUCAUCGGCAAAGGCACCACUUCAGGCCUAUGGAAAGAAGUCUCUCGCGAGGCGCAGGUAUACAGAAUUCUGCGGAAGGCUCAAGAUUCCGCCGUCCCUCCAAGCGACACACAGGGCGAUGCGGACGACGAUCAUCCUGACCCCGAUACGCCGAGCCGAGAUCCACGGAUCUAUCGGGAUAUCGGACGAAGACAGCCACCGUCGACCCAUUCAGCACCCAAGCCGGCUACACAUGGGUCGUCCUCGGCAGAGAACUAUCGGUAUUACUGCACGUUGAAGUGUCUACUUGGACUGAUGAAUGGGGGCGAGCUAGAUCAGACUUGCCCCAAUGUCCUCGAUCAUGGAGAAACGCGCCAUGUCAUUAAUGAAAAAGCUUUCGUCAAACGGUUACAGCGUCAAUUAACUGAGACCGUUAAUGCAGAUUGCGAGGUACUGGGUAUACACGGUUCUCGAGGUGCUCUUUUGAAAGUCACGCUGUCAUCGCACGGAUAUACUGUGCCUGCAAAAUGCACCGUACCGGAAUUUGCGGAACACUUUCGACAUGAAGCUGCUGUAUACACCAGACUUCGUUCAAUCCAGGGCAUAUACAUUCCUCUCUAUCUCGGAAGCAUCGACAUAACUCAUCCGUACAGCUACGACGGCAUCGCGUAUCUCAAGCACAUGAUGCUAUUGAGUCCGGGUGGACAGCCUCUCGAUCUAGCACUCAGGGAAAUGAGUCAAGAUUCCUUAAUAGCCAAAAUGAAAGAGUCGCUCUCACAUAUGCACCGCCUUCAUGUUGUCCACAAGGACCCGGCGCCGCGGAAUUGGUUUUACAAUCUAGAAAGCAAAAAGGUUGUCUUUUUUGACUUUGAAAGGGCUGAAAUCCUUUAUUUGCGGCCCAUUCUGGGAGUGAUCUCACCAAAUCGUCAACGAAAAUGGAUACCCUGUGGUGGGCUUGAUAAAGCGCUGUCCGAGACCGGGUUUGCGAGAGAAAUUAACAGGGCAGUGCAGGAGUUACGAGGUUGGAAAAAAUGA